UAUAUGCCGCCCCUGCCCCCUCCGCUCCCCUCCACUCCUCUGUCUCCUUCCUCGGAUUCGUUCUCGAAACGUCCUCACAAUAUCGCCAGAUUUGAUCCAUUUCUUCCUCCAGCAGUUACUGCAUACUCCUACAUAGCUAGACCGAUCUGCAUCGAUCGGGAGCCAUGGCGGCAUGUAGAGGCGGCGGCGCCCGGGACGUAGACCGGAUCAAGGGCCCCUGGAGCCCCGAGGAGGACGACGCGCUGCAGCGGCUCGUCGGGCGGCACGGGGCGCGCAACUGGUCCCUGAUCAGCAAGUCCAUCCCGGGCCGGUCCGGCAAGUCGUGCCGCCUCCGGUGGUGCAACCAGCUCUCCCCGCAGGUGGAGCACCGCCCCUUCACCCCCGACGAGGACGACGCCAUCCUCCGCGCGCACGCCCGCUUCGGCAACAAGUGGGCCACCAUCGCCCGCCUGCUCUCGGGGCGCACCGACAACGCCAUCAAGAACCACUGGAACUCCACCCUCAAGCGCAAGCACUCUUCUGCCUCAGAACAUGGGUCCCCUGCUCGUGACGCGGCCGACGGCGAUGACGGCCGGCCGCUGAAGCGGACCAGCAGCGACGGUGGCCACCCGGCGGCGGGGGGAUUCUGCUUCAGCCCCGGCAGCCCGUCGGGGUCCGACCUCAGCGACUCCAGCCACCAGAGCUUGCCCUCGGUCAUGCCGUCGGCUGCUGCGCAGGCGACGGCGCACGUGUACCGCCCGGUCGCGCGGACUGGCGGGGUUGUCAUGCUCCCGACGGCUGCGGCGCCUCCUCCCAUGCAGGAACCGGCGUCUCCGCCACCGCCGCCUCCGGCGACGACCCUGUCGCUCUCCCUGUCCCUGCCCGGCUUGGACACGCCCGAGGCAGCCCCGGUUGCGCCACCCAUGGCACCUCAUCAUCCUGUACAGCCAGCCGCAGCGUCGUCGUCUCAACAGAUGCCUCCGCCCAUGGCACCUCCUCAUCCUGUACAGCCCGCCGUCUCAGCGUUUCAUCAGAUGCCGCCGCCGCCCAUGCCGUUCCAGCUGCAGGCUCCGCCGCGGCAGACUGGGGCCUUCAACGGCGAGUUCCUGUCGAUGAUGCAGGAGAUGAUCCGGAUCGAGGUCCGGAACUACAUGUCCGGCUUCGACCCCCGCUCGUCGCCCGCCGACGGCGUCCACGCCGCCAAGCGCAUGAUGAGCAUGGCCAAGAUCGAGUAGUGAGCAUCGACGGAUCAG